AGGGCGGUCAGGAGGGAGGGAAGCGCCGGCAUUUCCUCCGCGGCAGCCCGGCCCCGCCGUCAUGAGGGCCACCUGGGUGCUGCUGCUCACGGCGGGGGCCGCCUUGGCCGCCUACUACGUGUACCUGCCGCUGCCGGGCAGCGUGUCGCAGCCCUGGAAGCUCAUGCUGCUGGACGCCACCUUCCGCGCCGUGCAGCAGGCGUGCCACCUGAUUCACUACCUGAGGCUCAGCCAUCACUUGAUAGUUCUGAACUAUGUGAUUGGUACUUUUGACAAGCUGAAGUCCGUGUCUUCGGAGCGCAUUUCCAUCACGGAUGCUGUUUUUGAUGGCGUGGAAGUCAGGGUGUUUGAACCUCCUGCAAAGCAAGAUGAGACACUGAAGCGCAGCGUUGUUUAUAUCCACGGAGGAGGCUGGGCCUUGGCAAGUGCAAGAACAAGUCUUUAUAACAACCUCUGCAGAAUUAUGGCCGAGUCUCUCAAUGCUGUAGUUGUCUCAGUUGAAUACAGGCUGGUACCAGAGGUGUGCUUCCCGGAGCAAUUCCAUGAUGCUCUUCGUGCUACCAGGCAUUUUUUGCAUCCUGACGUCUUAGCUGAAUAUUCGGUUGACCCCAGUCGUGUUGCAAUUUCUGGCGACAGCGCCGGAGGGAAUCUGGCUGCUGCAGUGUGUCAGCAGCUUAGCAAAGAGGAGCAUUUGACCGUCAGACCGAAACUGCAGGCCUUAAUUUAUCCAGUCCUUCAGGCAUUUGACUUCAACACACCUUCGUACCAGCAGAACAUGAACAUGCCUGUUCUGCCUCGUUACGUCAUGAUAAACUACUGGAUAGACUAUUUCAAUGGUAACUAUGACUUGGCUCACUCGCUGGUGAUCAACAACCACACUGCUCUUGACGUCAGCCAAGCUCUGUCUUUCAGAGGGCGCUUGAACUGGACAUCUCUGCUGCCUUCCUCAUUCAAAAAGAACUACAAGCCUGUAAUACAAACUACAGGCAAGGCUGAAAUCAUCCAGAAGUUACCAGCACUGCUCGACGUACGAGCAGUCCCACUGCUAGCAGAAAAUGAAAUUUUGCAGCUACAACCAAAGACCUACAUCCUGACUUGUGAGAAUGAUGUCCUGAGAGAUGAUGGGGUGAUGUACGCAAAGCGGCUAGAGAAUGCGGGCGUGGAAGUCACACUCGACCACUUUGAUGACUGCUUUCAUGGCUGUAUGAUAUUCACCAUUUGGCCUACUGAUUUCUCCGCAGGAGUUCAGACCAGAAACAGCUAUAUAAAAUGGCUGGAUGAAAACCUCUGAGGAGAGAGUCUCUCCAGAAGACCCAGGGUGUGCUGCUCAUGUCCACUGUUGCAAGAGAACGAACAACGACAAAGUGCACUUUUCUAAAUUCUGACUUUAUCCAUUCAGCUGCAGUUACAGGGGGUUACAGACCACUAGCUACAACAUUCACUAGCUUAUUGGCCUUUCCAGGCAAAGUAUUUUGUGAAGUACUUUUCAAACUUCUGGUUUUUUGCCUUUUUUUUUCCCUUCAGAUGACACAAGCUAUUGCCAAACGAACAAAUGUUGAGCAAGGAGAUCAGCAUUCCUGAAAUAUUCUUAACUGGCCGAGUUAAAGCACAAAGUUUGUGGCACAAAGGCCAUGAUUUUCAAAUGCUGUGAUAUAAAGCCAAACACCCACAUCCACAUUUGGAUAUGUAAAAAUAAGAACUGAACUUCAGCAGUGUUGAUUAUUUGGAUGUUUAACAUGGGUUUCAGUGUCGUUUUUUAGGCACAAAGAGAAUUUUAAAUUCAAAAAAAAAAGAAAGAAGUUCUCAGGCAGUUAAGAUGAUAGACAGGUAGACAGGUCUCUUAGCCAAAUAUGUGACCAGCUUUGGUCUUUGGUCUUCAUUACCUUUUGGUUAUUUAUAUUUUAAAUAAGCACAGGACUAAUAUAUUUUCCAAAACCAUAUUAUAGCAUACAUAGGUCUGAAGUAUUAUGUAUGCAUAUAGUAUGAAGUAUUGUGUGUAGCGGUGAACUCAGGUUGCUUUUGGGAUCUUCAAAGCUGACCACUUAUUUGGCUAAUGAUUGUGACUUUGUUUAAAACAUUAGUUUCAUGGCCUCCUUAGAGAAAAUACUGAGU